AUGACAACAUAUUUUGAUCGUCUACCAGUUGAAAUUCUUCAUAUGAUAUUUGAAUUUAUGUCUAAUUCCGAUGUUCUAUGGUCAUUUUAUAAUAUCAGUCCAUAUUUAAAUGCCGUAUUAAAUCAUCAUCAUUGGCAUACAUUAAACUUUCAAUCAAUUUCAAAAUCUCGUUUUGAUUUCAUUUGUAACCAUUUAGAAUUACAAAGAAUUAUUUCUUUAACUUUAUCAAAUGAUAUAAAAACACCCGGUCAAAUUCAAUUUUUUUUUAGUCAAUUUAAUCUUCGUGAUUUUAUUAAUCUUCAUUCUCUUACACUUUUAUCAAUAACAUAUGAAGAAAUAUAUCCAAUAUUAUCUGAUCUAUCUAAACUUAAACAUCUUACUUCAUUAAUUACAACAUGUAGAUCAUCUGAACCAUUAUUAAUUGGUCAAACAUUAACUCAAUUAAAAUCUCUUAAAAAUCUUUCGAUAUCUUAUGGGGAUAUAUUUGAUCAUAAUGUAACAUUUCCAUUACAUAACUUGACAAUAUUAGAUGCUGGUACUUGUAAUUUUUUAGAAUUACGUCGAUUGCAAUGGAUUGUACCUUCAUUAGUUUCACUUAAAAUUAUUCUUGAAGCAAAUCAUCAAUUACAACUAGUAUCCGAUACAAACGAAUGGUCAUGUUUAAAACGACUUAAUCUUACUUUAAAAGAGCUUUCGGUCAAUUCAAUCGGAGAUGUUGGAGCAAAAUCUCUGAGUGAUGCAUUACAACACAAUACAACACUCACCUUACUAGAUCUUCAAUUUAAUCGAAUCGGAAAUAUUGGAGCACAACAUUUGGCUCAUGCAUUAGAACACAAUACAACACUCAUCAUACUACAUCUCCGCUAUAAUGAAAUCGGAGAUGUUGGAGCACAAUAUUUAAGUGAUGCGUUACAAAUUAAAAUUAUUAUGAAAGAUUACAUUUCUAAUGAAACAUGGGAUAUUGAUUCUCCAGAAUUUUCUUUACCAAUAUCUAUUAGUUUCUGGUUACUUAUUAUUUUUAAUGUUCCAUCUUUGAUUUGCUCACUCAAACUUCUUUAUCAUCUUAUCAAUGAUAAUAGUUUACGAAAAUCAUUAAAUAAUCAUGUUAUUAUAGCUCUUCUUGUUAUUGGACUUUUUAGUCAAUUAAUUGAUAUUCCAUUUUAUCUUAAUUUUCUUCGAAUAGGUUAUGUUUGGCCUAAAAUAUCUCUUAGUUGUCUUUUAUGGUGGUUUUCAGCAACAGGUAUUUCUAAUAUAACAAAUCUUCUUAUGGCAUGGGCAUCAAUUGAACGACAUAUUUUAGUAUUUCAUGAUCGAUGGUUAAGAACGAAGAAUAGACGUUAUUUUAUUCAUUAUAUUCCAUUGUUAACAAUCAUUCUCUAUGGUUUUAUUUAUUAUUUUAUCAUACUUUCAAUGUUUUCAUGUGAGAAUAUGUACGCUUAUACAGAAGACUGGUGUUUGCAUCCAUGUUAUUAUAAUAACAAUAAUCUUGCUUUAUAUGAUACAAUAGUCAAUUCAAUCAUACCGACACCGAUUAUAAGUUUUUUUAGUAUUACAUUAAUUAUUCGUAUUAUUAAACAAAAACAAACUCUUCAUAGACAAGUUCAAUGGCGAAAAUAUCGAAGAAUGAUUAUACAACUUUUAUCUAUAUCAGCUUUAUUUUUAAUUUUUAAUUUUCCUAUGACUUGUAUUGUUUUAGCUCAAGUAUGUGGUUUAUCAGAUGAUUCACUUGGACAACUACCAUUUUAUACUUACUUUUUGUAUCAUUUUGUUUCACUUUUAAUGCCAUUUGUUUGUCUUGCUUCGUUUCCUAAAAUUCAAAAGAAAAUCAAGCAAAUGAUUAAAUUUAAAAAACCGAUUAAUAUUAUUAGACCAGAACAUAAUAUAAUACAUUAA